AAUCCCUCCAAGCCAAAGCAGUCGGUGGAGGGAGGCGCAUUCUCUAGUCCCACCGCCCGCCUUCGCGAAGGGCAGCUCGUUUCCUCUUGGGCUGCUUCCCGCCCUUCCCGCUCUCCCUCACUUUGCACCCUCGCCAGCGUUGAAGCGGAGCUGCUGCCACUGCGAAGGAGCGGCGGCGGCACCCAGCGAGCAAGCGGCGGAGUUCCUUGCCCCCAGCAGCGACCCCUUCCUUUGCGCCCUGCGAGAGGGAAGAGCGCGCCGCCCGGAGUCCGCCUCUUGGAGAUUAAAGAACAGAAUGGGAAAACAGAACAGUAAAUUGAGACCUGAAGUUCUCCAGGAUCUCCGAGAAAAUACCGAAUUCACAGAUCAUGAGCUUCAAGAGUGGUACAAAGGCUUCCUAAAAGAUUGCCCAACUGGCCACUUGACUGUGGACGAAUUCAAAAAGAUAUAUGCUAACUUCUUCCCAUAUGGUGAUGCCUCAAAAUUUGCAGAGCAUGUGUUCCGCACUUUCGAUACUAAUGGAGAUGGGACAAUUGACUUUCGGGAAUUUAUAAUUGCAUUAAGUGUCACUUCUCGAGGGAAGCUCGAACAGAAGCUGAAGUGGGCAUUUAGCAUGUAUGACCUUGAUGGCAAUGGUUACAUCAGCCGUGCUGAAAUGCUUGAGAUCGUGCAGGCAAUCUACAAAAUGGUGUCUUCAGUCAUGAAAAUGCCAGAGGAUGAAUCUACUCCAGAGAAACGAACAGACAAAAUCUUCAGACAGAUGGAUACGAACAAUGAUGGUAAACUAUCACUUGAAGAGUUUAUUAAAGGUGCCAAGAGUGAUCCCUCUAUUGUGCGGUUGUUACAAUGCGAUCCAAGCAGUGCAAGUCAGUUCUAAUUGAACUCUGGACAGUUUGCAAAGAAAAUUACUGGCUUGUUCAAGCUUUGCUCAUAAAUGGAUGCCUUCUCAACCAUUCCUCAGUGGUUAGUGGAUGAGAUUCCUCUGCCAGAUUGUCUGUGUGUCCAAGUGAAAGAGAGUCUCACUCUGCUCACCAAUAUUGAUGCAACUUCUCCUUCCAUAGUUCCAUUUUCCUCUCUUUGCAUAAUAUUAUGACUCACUCUGCACAUCUAACAUAACUUAAGGGUAUGUUUACAUGCAAGUUAAAGAGGGGUUCUUGCACACCCUUGAUUAAUAUGAAUGAAUGACUUUCUAAUAGCCCCUGAGGAAGAGAUGCUGUAUGCACCUUUUGCCUGACACAGCAACAGCAAAAGACAGGCAAGGCCAUUUGCUUCCCAGGAAAUGGCUGUGAAAUGUGGGAUAAAUUGAAGAAUUUUUUAAGAGCAUGAAACUAGUUCCCUUUCUAUGAGGAAAAUUGCUUGCACUUAUGUAAUGGUCCUUCCAUUCUUUUAAAUAUAAAUAUAUAUAAACUAUAUAUAUAUGGUGAAGUAAAAUUUUAAUAUUUAGGUCAUAUUUAAUAUAUCAAGUAGAAUUCAUCCUUCAUUUCUUCUAGUUGUCUGUGAUUAUUCAAAACUUUUUUUAAAAAGGAUUGUGAUAUUUAUGCAUAGCAAAGUUGUCGUAAAGGCAUUGCAUGACUUAGCUGUUUGUGGAUAUAACACUUUUAAUUACCAAUUGCAACACUUUAUUCAUUUUUACUGUUGAUUGUUCAAGUGUUUACUGUGUUAAAUGAAAUCUGAAAAGGAGUAAUUCUGUUUCCGUGUUUCAUGGUGAAGUGCCACUGAAUGUGGCUGCAGCAUUUAAAAAUGGCUUUUGAGUGAGGUGAGGUGAGGUGACCCUCUGACCUUGUUGUUGCUGUCCAUUUCUGUUAAUAGUCUUGUGCAUUUCAGUGUUAUUUAAUAUCUGCCUAAUGCCAAGAAAUGUUAAUUGAAAUAAAGACAAAUUUUCUUGUCGGC